AUGUAUGUAUAUAAACCUUUCCACAUCUAUGUAUGUAUCUAUCUAUCUAUCUAUCUAUCUAUCUAUCCAAACCUUUCCACAUCUAUCUAUCUAUCUAUCCAAACCUUUCCACAUCUAUCUAUCUAUCUAUCCAAACCUUUCCACAUCUAUCUAUCUAUCUAUCCUAUCCAAAUCUAUUAUCUAUCUAUCCAAACCUUUCCACAUCUAUCUAUCUAUCUAUCCAAACCUUUCCACAUCUAUCUAUCUAUCUAUCCAAACCUUUCCACAUCUAUCUAUCUAUCUAUCCAAACCUUUCCACAUCUAUCUAUCUAUCUAUCCAAACCUUUCCACAUCUAUCCAAACCUUUCCACAUCUAUCUAUCCAAUCCAAACCUUUCCACAUCUAUCUAUCUAUCCAAACCUUUCCACAUCUAUCUAUCUAUCUAUCCAAACCUUUCCACAUCUAUCUAUCUAUCUAUCCAAACCUUUCCACAUCUAUCUAUCUAUCUAUCUAUCCAAACCUUUCCACAUCUAUCUAUCUAUCUAUCUAUCCAAACCUUUCCACAUCUAUCUAUCUAUCUAUCUAUCUAUCCAAACCUUUCCACAUCUAUCUAUCUAUCUAUCCAAACCUUUCCACAUCUAUCUAUCUAAACCUUUCCACAUCUAUCUAUCUAUCUAUCCAAACCUUUCCACAUCUAUCUAUCUAAACCUUUCCACAUCUAUCUAUCUAUCUAUCUAA